AUGCCUUGGUGGAGUUGGUCUAAGGAGUCCAAGCCCGAGCAGGACCCAAAGCAGAGCGCCUCGCCAAACUCGUCCGCGUUCGAUCCCGACAAGCUCCCGGACCGCCACAAGCUUCCCAAGGGGCUGCAGACCAUUGUGGACAAGGCAGACGCCGACAGCCGCUUCUUUGACGAUUUGCGCGAAGGAUAUGCCCCCCCCUCGACCGAUAGCAACCUCCGCUAUGCCGCCUACGCCACGAGACUGAGGACGAUUCUCGUCUCGGCGCACCGAUACGUCGCCUACACAUCCGACAUUGGCGAGUCGUUUCGGCCGGUUGCGCAUCCAAACCUCGUUCGCGCCGGGUACGGCAUCUCGUGGCUCUACAUCCUCGGCGAUGUCUCGUACGAGGGCUACAAGUCGUACUGGCACAACCAGCGAAUACUAAACCCCCAGCUGCAACUCAAUCCUCGCCAGGAGAAAGUUACGGGUCUCCCGGCCGACGGGAUCAAGGAUGCCAAGCCCGGUACGGUGCCUCCGCUCGAGGAUUGGCGGACCGUUAUGGUCCAGAGGGGCAUCUUCCAGAGCGUCGCCAGCAUGGGGUUGCCCGCCUUUACAAUCCACAGCGUAGUCCGCUACUCGGGGGUGGCGAUGAAGAACGUUAAGAACGCAAAAAUCCGGACAUGGGGCCCGAUCGGGCUGGGUCUGGCGGUGGUGCCCUUUUUGCCCACCGUGUUUGACAAGCCAGUCGAGCACGCCGUCGAGUGGAUGUUUCACAAGGGAUUCGAGACUCUUGGCGGGAAGCAGUACGUUGGCGAUGCGCCGUCGACUGGAAGGGAGCGCCUGCUUAACGAGCGGCCAAAGAGGAAAGAAGAGUAG